CAGAAUUAGAGCUCAAUCGCUCGCUGAUGUAGCGCUCUCAACAGAUGGAAUGCCGUUACACCUGCAGCUGCAGCUCAUAGUGCGCUCUUCUUGCCCACGUAUAUCGACGCCAGUAUCGUAACAUGUCCCUAAUUUAGCACCCACAAUCUUUCAUUACCUAUUGCUGGUAGCAGGUCCCAUCCGCUGGCUCUGCACCUUUUGUAUAGGUACCCACAACAAGCCCGCCAUCCUCCUUUGCGCACGGUUCAUCCGAUCCUAUAUUGGCAGUCUCGACCUCAGACCCGACGUAUUUCGAAGCACGCGGUGUUGCUAGGCGCGAGGCAACUAACGGAAACCUAGUUCGCCAGCAUGAGCACCAGCACCGACCUUGCCGAGCGCGCGUUCGAUGUCAUCGUGGUGGGAGGAGGGGUAGUCGGUGCCGCGACUGCGAGCUCUCUUGGAAGAUCGGGCCGCAAGGUGUUGCUUGUGGAACGCGAUCUCACCGAACCUGAUCGCAUUGUCGGCGAAUUGCUUCAACCAGGCGGUGUACGAGCUUUGCGCUUGCUCGGUCUGCUCGACUGUCUGGAAGGCAUUGAUGCAGCACCAGUCCACGGCUACCACGUCUUCCAGGGCAGGCGGUCCGUGCCCAUUCCGUAUCCCGACGAGAGCCCAGAGGCUCGGGGCCUGGGCAUACAAUCGACAAGCGGCAGAGUAGAGGGUAGGAGCUUCCAUCAUGGCCGAUUCGUGCAAGCUUUGAGACGAGCCGCCAUGGCUCAACCGAACGUGACGACGAUCCAGGCUACCGUCACUUCGCUGAACGAGGACGAGGCCGCGGGAAAGGUCACAGGAAUCACCGCGACCAUCAAGCAUUCCACUACCUCGAAACAACAGCCGACACCCGUCUCUCAAGAGAUCUCUUGCUCCGCACCUUUGACCAUCGUGGUUGAUGGUUGCUUCUCCAAGUUCCGACGCACCCAUGGCUCGAGCAUUGCCCCCAUCGUUCGGUCCAACUUUGUCGCCAUGGAACUUCACAACGCACCCUUGCCAAGUCCAAAUCAUGGCCACGUGGUGCUGGGCCCUGCUGGUCCUACGCUCUUAUACCAGAUCAGCGCAAGCGAUACGCGAGUUUUGAUCGAUGUGCCCGGAGAAAAGUUGCCGUCGCAAUCUAGCGGCGCACUUCAAGCACACAUCAGAGAAAAAGUGAUUCCCCAACUUCCAGAGGUGCUGCGGGAAUGUGUGGGCGAGGAACUAGCCAGGAGUUCAAGGUUCCGCAGCAUGCCGAACAGCUUCUUGCCGCCGAGCAUGCAAGGUCAGAACAAGAAUAGGCAGGGCGUCAUCUUGGUGGGUGAUGCCAUGAACAUGCGCCAUCCCUUGACUGGUGGCGGAAUGACUGUGGGAUUGUGGGACGUAGUGCAUCUGACAAUGGCUCUUGGAGGGCCAGACUGGUCACCCAAGCCACGCGUGAAACCCGUCGCGGACCUGACAUCCUGGAACUCCUUAAAGCCGGCACUGAGAUCCUGGCACUGGGAACGCAAAAAGCUUGCUAGCAUGAUCAACAUUCUGGCCCAAGCGCUCUACAGUCUGUUCGGAGCUGAGGAUGCAAAUUUGGAGGUGCUCAGAGAGGGCUGCUUUGCUUACUUUGAGUUGGGGGGUGAAUGCGUGGGCGGACCCGUGCGGCUGCUGUCGGGUCUGUCCCCCGAGCCUUGGUUGUUGGUCUAUCACUUCUUUAGCGUGGCCCUGUAUGCCAUCUACAUGCUCUUCAAGCAGCCUUAUGUACACAAGGGAGAGAAGGAACCCAGGGCGCCUUCCAUCUUGGAAUGGCCAGCUCUGUUCUUGAGGUCCAUUGCGGUACUAUACACGGCGUGCGUGGUCCUCCUGCCAGUCGCAGCUACGGAGCUCAAGAGCAACAUUCCAAACUUUUCCAAGGGAGCGGGAGCGCUGUCCAAGGCGCACAAAAGCGGGUCUAGCGAUCUGCCAUCUGCUCAGACGUUGCUGUCUGCAUUGGCUUGCAUCGCAGCGUUGCUAUACUUCUGGAAUGGUCAACAGCAAGGCGAGCAAAGCAACUUCGGCCAGACUCGCAUCUUUCCAGCUGCUCUUGCGAUGGGCUUCGGAGGCCGGUAAUCAUCACCGUAACAGACCGUGUUAGUAGUCUAGUCAACAGACCUUGGAGUCCACAACCCUUCUCAGUAUUUUGUAAUCGCCAUCCUGCGUAGAGGAGAGGUGGCUUCAAGGACGCCAUGGACCUAGUCGUCGCUGGAACGCCUACGCUGGAUACGUCCACAUUCAUCCUUGAUUCCCAUCCCUAUCGUCGCCUUGUUCAUGUCACCGCACAACUCAUACCAAGUAAAUACACAACCCUAUAGUUCUUCGUGCUCCGAACCAGUCUAUCAAGG